UUCUGUGGAUUUAGAAGAGUUUUGAAUUUACAAAUGUGGAUUUUAACUAUUUUACAUUUUUUGGGAGUGUGGAUAAAAAUAAUACAAGCUCAAUCGCCCAUCCUUGAUUCAAGAUGUUUUUUGAGUAACGGAGGCUCUGCUGAAAGUUUUCUUGUCAGUGAAGAUAUUGCUGUAGGAACAAUUAUUGGUACAUUGACUAUCAAUGGUAAUCCAAAUAUCGAAAAAGGAAACAUAGAUUUGUCACUUAGAGAACGUAAUUCACCAGUUCAGAUUUCUCAAGGAACAAAAGACUUGGUAUUGAUAACUCCAUUGGAUAAAGAAGCGCAACGUGGUCCUGCUUCUGUAUACGUUAAUGUAAUUUGUGAUAGACGCCAUACCAACGACCCGAGUUUUGUUAUACCUGUCAAUAUCAGAGUUACUGAUGUCAAUGAUAAUGCUCCACAAUGGGUAGCCGCACCUUAUAUUUUGACUUUAUCCGAAGUUACAGUUCCAGGAACAAGAAUAUUACAAGGAGCACAUGCUGUAGAUGAAGAUCAGCCAGGACCAUAUUCUACAAUCGAGUAUCACGUUCUUCAAGGUCCCUUUUCUGAUUACGUCCAGUUCGUAAGUCCUUUAGAGGGAACGUUAGUUUUGAAGAAAAGUUUAGACUAUGAGGUAUUGAAAAAUUUUACUGUAAAGUUAAGAGCUCAAGAUCAAGGAAGUCCUCCAAAGUUUUCGGACACUACAUUGAGAGUUAUAGUGAUAGAUGCUGACGAUCAAAAUCCUAAAUUUCUCAAAGAUUUUUACACGGCGGAAUUACUGCACAAUACUACAGGACAAAUCAAAAUAUAUCCAGAACCCAUAAAAGCUAUUGACCAAGAUGAAGGGAUAAAGGCACCGUUAGUGUAUAGCAUUAAGCCCUCAUACGAAGCGAAAUAUUUUUCUAUCGAUCCUGUAACUGGAAUCAUAAGAUUAAUUUCACCUCUGGCGUCAGAAAAUCAAAACUCUGUGACACUUGUAAUCAAAGCAACACAACUAGACAAUGCCGACAGAUAUGCGCUAGUUACAUUAACUCUGUCAAAUAGAAAAAACAAUCAACCAAUUGUUUUUCUCCAUAAACCAUAUACCGUCAAAGUAAAGGAAGAUCUUAGUGUGGGCAGCAGAAUUUUCUCUUUUCCGGUAAAUAGGGAAGAUAGAAAACUUACAUACAAAAUACUAGAAGAUGAACAGUCAAUAUUUUUUGAAAUAAACAACUAUGGUGAACUGAUUUUAAAAAAACAAUUAGAUUAUGAAAAGUCAACAUUACAUGCCUUUUCGGUUGGAGUUUUUGAUGGCAUUUUUAGAGAUAAGACUGAUGUAACAGUUGAAGUAAUUGAUGUAAAUGAUUGGGAACCCAGAUUUCGACAGACAUACUACAAUUUUGUGGUUCCAAACACUUUGUUAGAAACAAUGAAUGACAUUCCUCUAGGAAAAUUAGAAGCAGCAGACGGAGACAAAAGUGGUCAAAAAAUAUCGAUGCGCUUAAGUGGAGCAUUCGCUUUUUUAUUUAAAUUAGAUUUUAAAGGGAUGUUGUGGUAUAUUGGAAGGAAACCAAAUGUAUCAACAGUUCAUUUUUUAGCAAUAGCAACAGAUUCUGGAUCGCCACCUAAAAGUACAACAGUGCCUGUGUCAGUUAGUUUUGAAAUGCCUAAUGAAGCAAAACUCAAAUGGGCUCCAGGCGUUCUGAAAGCUUUUACAACCAUUGUAAUUGUAUUCAUUUUAGUAAUCAUUAUAAUGUCAACAUACAUACACAAACAACGUAAACCAGAGUCAUAUUUACACAAUCCUACUGAAGCGGAAGCAACGCACGAAUACAUUGAAGAUGUGAAAGAAACCUCGAGAAAAAAAAUAACAAUUGGCAAUCCUAUGAAUACGUAUGGAGGCUCUAAUAGUAGUAUUAGUGCCGGAGCUAGCACAAUUUUGGCAGCUAGUUUGGAACGUGAAGCUAAAAAAGUUUAUGAUCAUAAUACUGGAAUUGAUCAAGGGAAUUGCAUAUGUACAAAAAAUGACGAACGUGACGGGUUUUCCGAUGAUAAAAUAACGUCUAAUAUAUGUUGGGUAGCAAACGAUCAGCAUAAUACUCAAGUGAAAAAUAUUAAUUUUGAUUACUCACAUGUUUUACAACAAGAUAAGGUUAACAUUUUAACUUCAGUUGGUAACUUAGGCAACUCUGAGAAUAACUUAACAGUUUAUUUUUGAUGUGAAAAAAAAGAAAAAAUAUGUUUUCAUAUUUUUAGUGAAAUGUAUUUAUGUUUAAAUAGGUACAAA